CAUAUUUAAUGGUUGCAUAUUGGACAAGCACAACAUUUGCAACAUUUGAGACUUUCCAGCAUUGAUUUGCAUUAUUCUAUUGUUUGUCAUUACCAUAAUGCACAAGUGUUGUGAUAUUUAAACGCUCGUGAAUGUUGCGAGAAGGAAAAGUCUGAAUAACCAUCCGCAUGACGUCAAAAACCAGUCUGGAUGACGUCAGCGCUGGUUGAAGGGUGGAGAGACGAGAUAAGAGAGCCGCAGGUGGGACGUGAAACCGGCCGCGUCUCGCCCGUCAACGCUACUUUUACCGACGAUCUUAUCCGCAGCGGAGUGCGCGAGUCGUGCUUUUCGACGACAUGGGGAAGCUACAAGAAUUUGAAAUUACUUUCACAAAUAGCAAAGUGGUUUACAAUCCCGGUGAAUCGAUAUCUGGAACUGUGAGAGUUAAAACAAACCACUCGUUACAGUUUAAAGCCAUCAAGGUGAACUGUGUUGGCUCGUGCGGGAUCUCCUCUAAACUGAAUGAUGCCUCAUGGAUGCUGGAGGAACGAUACUUGAGCAGCACGCUGUCUGUAGCCGACAAAAGUACUCUGCCAGCUGGUGAGCACAGCUUUCCCUUUCAGUUUCUAAUUCCAGCAUCCGUUCCAACAUCCUUUGAAGGCCCAUUUGGUAAAAUUUGUUACAAAAUUAGGGCUUUUAUUGACACGCCACGCUUCUCGAAGGAUUACAAGACCCAACGGCUCUUCUACCUUCUCAAUGUGCUUAACCUCAAUGAGUUGCCAGAUAUCGAGCAACCCAGCUGUGCUUUGACAACAAAAAAAUUUAACUACCUCCUAGUUAAAACGGGCACGCUCAUGCUAAAAGCAUCCAGCGAUUUGAAAGGAUACACUCCAGGCCAGAUCAUCAAACUCUCCACUGAGAUCCACAACAAGUCUGGAAAAGACACCGGAUGUGUGAUGGCUAGCCUUAUACAGAGAGUGAUGUAUAAAACAAAGCGAACUGUAUUUGACCUGCGACCUAUAGCGGAGGUGGAAGGAGCUGGGGUCAAGGCGGGCAAACAUGCAGAGUGGAGAGAACAGAUCAUCGUCCCCCCCCUUCCACAGUCAGGCCUCACCGGAUGCAGCCUCAUAGAUAUUGAAUAUUUUAUCCAGGUUUCUCUCAAAUCUCCUGAGGCCUUGGUCACAUUACCCAUCUUCAUCGGGAACAUUGCUGUAAACUUGACUCCCUCCAUUCCGGCCCUACACCCCGUCGCUCACGGCCCUCCGAUGCCCGCCCCUCUGAGCCUCGGCCCCGUGUCUGUGGUUCCCAGUGCCCCACCUGUGGAAGAUGACCUGCAGGGUGAGCUGGGGGCGGGGGGAGUAGCCAGCGAAGAGAUCCCCACCAAAAGUCACUCCCAGCAGGAUCAGUCCGGUGUGCCUUUCUCCGUGUCUCCCAGCGUGUUUGGUCACGCGUCAGGCCCGGCCCCGCUGCAGAACCAACAGCACGUCCAGUCUUCAGAUGGUUCAGCACCACUGUUCUGUGUGUCCACGGGGGCCACCAUACCUUUCUUUACAGAUGGUGACACGGCACCCGUUCCUACUUCCUGUCCACUGAUUUUGCCCCCAGAAUAUAGCACUUGGGAAUAUCCACAUGAGCCACCCCCCACUUAUGAGGAAAGCUGCAGUAGCAACAAUUCUAGCUUCAACAGUAGCAUGAGGUAGACCAAUCAGGUCUCAUUUGUCCAACCAUUUAAAUUCAGUACUGCCCCCUGCUGGACAGUACAGACUUUAACGUACGGCCCAAAUCUGGCCAUUCUCCUCCAUGGACCAAAUAUCUUUAUUUGGACAUUAAAUGAUGAUUUCUUAACCCCACUCUCCUUUUUGAUGUAUCCCAUGAAUUGACAUUUUAACAGUUGAGAAAAUAUUCCUGGAACGUGGAGAGUUUAUUCAGUGCCUAAGAAAUUGUAGCACUCUCGAGCAGUCACCAGUUGAUCAUCUAGGUUUUAUGAAAGGAAUACCAGCAUAUUUAAAAUUUGUCGAAGUUACUUAACAAAGUUACAGAAUCGUUUUUUCAUUAAACCAAGGCUGGCCUUACAUGAAGCUCUAAAAGAGAAAAUGCUCUGUAAGAAAAUGCUCUGCUUUCUACUGAAAAGUGGCGAACAAAUUCACUUGCAGUCUGUGAAUGCUAAGACACUGGGCCAGAAAGAAAGUCGCUCUGAGAAGAACAAGGUUUAUCUAUUGAUAAUGAUUGAAGCAUUACUAAAUCACACGUCCAACCUGUGUAAUGUGGAUGGAGCUUUGGAAUAUCAAUGUAGUUUGCUAUCCUGGGCACAUCAGAUUUGUCACUUGGCUAAAUCGGUAACCACUGUCCCUUGAAUGCUUAAGGGAGAAACAUAUUGCAUUUGAUUGUUGAAGAAAAUGUGUUUUAAAAUGUUUUUUUUAUGUUUUUACAUUGUGGUUUAACUAGAGGUCAAGAAAUGUUCUGAAAUACGAUGGAGGUAUUAUCAUGUAUUGUGUAAAAAAAAUCCUGGGCUUUUUUCCCUACAUUUUUUAUUUCAAAGCAUUACAGCUAAUGGACACAUUCUUUCAGACUGUUAUUUGUUCGAAUUGUGUUGUCCCACAGAUGUGUUUUUGCCGCAUAUGCAGCACUGAGAUUCCUUCGAGUCUGACGCGAUCUGUAAAUGUAUGAUGUAUGUUUUGAUCCAUAGGAAAUGGAGUUUUAUGAUGGAUUUCCAGCGAGGCCUUAGGCUGUGCAUGGAUCGUUGUGUACAGUCUUUUAAAAUCGCAAACCAUUUUUAUCUGUUUUGACCCUCAAACUGUUGUGAAGAAUUUGGAAGCACAAAAAGGCACUUUUAUAGAGUUUAUCAUUGUGUGUGUGUGAUUCUGUGACCCCCAACCCCGCCCAUGUAUAUUUCAAUGAGAUUGUAAGUGUUGUAGUUAAGUGUAUUACUUGAUUCAGUUUGUCAAAGAAAGAUUUUCUCAAUCAGCUAAAUUAGAUGUUUUCAGUCUUCGUUUACUCCACCUGGUUUUCUGGGUAAAAUACCACUAUGUACUAUUUGCAGUGCUGAUAGAGAGGAAUCAUUUGUAUUAGUAUCAAAUUAAACAUUAGGGAAUCUUAUCUCUUGUGAUUGUAUCACAGCAAGCCACUUUAAUGUCUAACAGCGCAGCUAAACUUAAAAUUGGAGUCAGAUUGAGUCUCUUCACUGUGUAAGCAACACUGUGCUGUAACCUCAGUCAUUUCGAAAACUGUAGAAACAAAACGAACAAUUGAAAAUCUUGUUUUAUAUUGAAAACUGCAUUUGCCUUAAAUGUGAAUAAGAUACAUCACUGGUCCCAUGGUUCUUGUAGCAAAGACUGAAUUGAAGUACUUUUUGAGAUGAUACUGCGGCUGUCUAUUUCUCUCUUAAGUCUCUUUCUGUGGGCUUAAUGAAUGUUAAUGCAUCUGAAAGAGUCAUGAGGGAUGGGAGUGCGGUAGUCUGAGAAUGAAAUGACACAGUCCUCAAUCUCUGCGCAUGAUGCAGUCGCUGCUCGAGCGAUCAGUUUUUCAUGCUUAUUUACAUCUUCUGUAUUUUCCCAUUCACCAAAGGUUUAACAGCUUUAUUAAGUUAAUUUCGUCAUUGUGUGGUACUUUUCUUCCUAUGGAGCUUUCAGCAGGUUUUGAAAUAAAGUAGCACGAUUAUGGAUCAAUGUUAUAUGUAAAAAACAUAUUUGACAGAAUUAAACUUGUACAACAAAGAAAUAAAAUCCCAUAAAUACUCCA